UUACAUGCACAUUCUUAAACACGGGAAAGCAGAUAUAUAUACGAACUUAGAUCGUAAAACAAAAAUCGCAUUGAAAAGUCAAGCAUGCCGAACGAUAGCAGAGAUGUUUACAAAAUCGCGUUGUUAGGUUCCGAGGGAUGUGGAAAGACCGGCUGGUAUGUCGUUGUAAAGAUUGUCAUAUAGUGUUGUUCUAUUCGGAUAAAGCAUUCAAAAAGUUUGUCAUCUAAUGUUUCAUAUGUUGAGUAUUCAUCACAAUGAAACGAUUUCAGGGAAGGUUCGUUCGUAUCGCACCACAUGGACAACCAUCAGCCCGUCAGAUUAAUUUUAAUCCACAUGCGUCGCCAGCGAAAAAGGACUAUAUACAAAAUAUACAUCAAUCCUUUUGUUUACUAUAGUAACUUAAACUAUGUCAUUUUGAAAUAAAACUUUCUUGUGGAAGAAAAGAAACGCAGCUUUAUAUAGGUAAUGCAAUAUAAAGUAGGAAAUCGCGUUUCGAUUAGGUCCUAACCAUAACAGAUGAAUCAUGAAUUACAUACCUCCUAUAACAGUUAUGAAGUUAUUUAUUCCUCGCAUUAUUCAAACGCAUUGCGUGAUUAGUAAAUAGACACGAACUGCACCACCCGUUCCUCGUGUUCUAAAUCACAUAUAGCGAGAGUUCUAAAUUUUAGAACGUCGGAUAUAUGUGACACAGGUGAUCACCUAAGCAUCCCUAGAUGCUAAUUUAUGCCAGCGCAUCAGCUCUACAGCAAUAUCACAAAAUGGCGGACUGAUAUGGCAGAGCAAAGUCGUCGGAUGAAGCGCUUUAAACCAAGCAAAGUCCGUGUUAAAACUCAAUGUACAAGUGGAAAGAAGAUAGUAAGGUCUAUUACAGUCCAGACAACCCCAAGUGUUUCAGAAGAACCUGAAGAAGACAACAAUUUGAAUUUAGCCAAUAAUGCCAUUGGAGAAUCUACAUAUUUUGCGGAUACGUUCGAGAAUGCUUUGUCCGAAGGAAAUGAAGCUCAAGGCCAGGUUGAACAACAAACAUUGUCAAAGCAUCAUCAGCGAAGAGUAAAGGAAUUUAACAAAUGGGAAGCAGUGAGAGAACAAUUGCUCAAAGCUGUAGUUGAAGAGGAAGUCAUUUCCAGCCUGACAUGUUUCGCAUGCCCGAAUGAAGCAGUAUGUCGUUGUCUCGACUGUGGACCAAGGCAGUUCUUUUGCUUGGAUUGCAUUAAAAUAGAGCACCACGAAAAAAACUACUUUCACAUUCCAGAAAUACACAAGGAUGGAUGUUUUAGGCCUUUAAUGAUCAAUCAUAAGGAAAUUUCACUAAAGCAUCAAACAACAUGCCCCACCUCUCAGUCAAGGGAUAUUGUUUGUGUUGAUCAACAUGGUUUCCAACACAAGAAAUCCAUCAGUUUCUGUAGUUGUGAACCAGAUACCGUAACACUGGUUAAGUUGCAGUUAUGGCCUGGAUCUGCUGUCCGUCCUUUAGUUGCCUUUCAUUUUAAGUUUUUGCUGCUUGCUGAAAAGUUUCUUCUUGAAAGUCAUGUCUCGUUGUCAAAAUUCUGCGACACUAUGGGCCUUGGCAAAUCAUCACUACAUCCUAAAUGGAUUCAAAGUCUUUACAGAGUUUUAAAUGAUGAUACUUUUGAUGAAUUCAGGUACCAUAAUCACUGUUUAAAAUCCAUUAAGUCACAUCAUGGGGAGCAAACUAAUUACAAGAUGUGCCCUUUAUGCCCUCAGACUGAUGAUGGUGGAAUUCUUAUUGAGUCCAUGGAUGGCUGUUUUGGCUUGGUGAGGAAAAAAUCUGCUGGUGUAAAUCUUUUCCCCCCACGACAUAGUGGAACCUUCUUUGCAGAGCAAGAAAGUGUGGACAAGUUUGUUGAUGAUUAUGGGAAAAAAGCUGAAGAAGCACCAACAGAUUGCAAUCAGUUCAAAUCUGGAGAAAUUGACACUAUGUUAAGAUCUAAGGGAAAGAACAAACUUUUUGACGAGAAAGGUGUUUUUGGUCGUGUGUGUAGACAUGAAUAUCCGAAAGGAUUUAUCAGUAUUAAACAUGGAGAAAGGAUAUCCUAUUCGGUCUAUGAAGUAGAACGUAUGUUGUGUAAUUCUGGUGACACUAUUGAUGUACGAGUUAUGUAUGACAUUGGAUGCACAUUGUCAUCACACUUGAAGAAAAACCAUCGUGUUGAUAUACUUGAAAGAAUAGAUCUUGCUAUCCCAGUGUUUCAUUGCUAUGGUCACAAAUCGUCAUGUCAGUUUUCUUAUGGCCCCAGACGUAAGAAAGGUUAUGGUCUUACUGAUGGAGAAGGGAUUGAAAGGUUAUGGUCUUACUUAAGAGGGUUUUCAUCCAUGACAAAAGAGAUGUCUGCAGGCCGUCGUGUGGAUUUGCUGACAGAUGCCCUGGUACAUUAUGCAGAACACCGCAUUCAACAAUUUGGAACAUCAUUGCCCAAGAAAAUGGAAAAAACUAAAAAACUUAUGGUAAAUGCCAUGUUACAGUUGGAAGAAAUGUUCUCAAAAUUGACAGUGUCCUACGAUGCUGAUCUUGUCGAGUCUUGGAAGAAGCAGGAAGAAUCGUUAUUAAAAGAACGAGAAAUGACGAAAUCAUCUUCCUUAUCCUGGCAAGCAAAAUAUGUACAAAGUUUGUGUCAGCUACAAGAACUAAGAUCAACCGUUGCCUCUUCCGAUCACGAUAAUCACGAAGCCAUUGCUAGUAUUGUAAAGAAAAUAAAAAACACAUUGAAAGUUGUAGCCACAACGGAGAAAAGUUACAAAGUGCUACAAAGAUGGAAACUAGGAGACGAAAAUUUCAACAAAGCUGCAAUUUCCAUUGAAGAAGAGAGAAGAAGCUGCACAAACGAGCGACUGUACUCAUUAGCAGUGGAGAGAAUGUUCUUGAUGUCACUCAAGAAGAAGUAUGCAGACGGUCAAGCAAUUGCUGCUAAGCUGUCUAAACAGAUCACCAAUAAGACGAAUGCAAUAAAAGCUACUGUGGCCAAAUACAACGCUGCAUUGGCUUAUUGGAAGGAUCCAAUAGAUGGAAUGCCAGAACCGAUAAACUUCGAUGAUGUGAAAGAUCCAGAAUCUCCUAGCUAUCACCACUUAAGAGUUACAACUCCAUCAGACGACAACAUACCCUUAGAAUUUAAAAGAAGUGCAAUAGAUUUACACAAUUUCGUUGAACGAUGCAAAGAAGAGAUCGAGUAUCUCGACCUAGAAAUGGUGCGGUUGGUAGAGUACUUCCUCAAAAUGAAAAUGUCCUACCAGUCAUGUUGCAAUGAAGUGCAGGAAGAAGCAACUUCGGUUUAUGCCAAAGGGCUCAACUGUAUUUUUCAAUCACGAAUCCUUGAAUGUGAUAAUAAACUUCACAUGUUGGGUAAACUUUUCAAAGAUAACAUUCGCGAGGAGAUGAAAUGUUCCAUUCCUAGUAUGCAAUGGAAAUGCCAAAGUACUUUAUUAGAACAUGAAAUUGCUCGUGAAGAAGGAACACUGGACGUUUCAGAAUACUAUUCUGCAGACAACGACGACGAAGACGACGUUUAUUCAAUGUACGAUAGUUCCGACUCUGAUUCGGAAUCAAUUUGGAACGACGAAGAUAUGAGCUGGGAAUAAUAUAAAGAAAGCAUGAAAACGAGGUUAAAUACAAUGGCAACGUCAUUUUUAUGCUUCAUUUUAUAUUAUUCUUUAUAAAAGAUUUUAUAUUAUUCCUUUAUAAAAGAUUGAAAUCAUAUAUUUAAAUUAUUUCAUUUGCUGUAUAUAAAAGUUAAAUCCUAAUACGGUGUUGUUCUGAUUGUAAUAGAUAGUAUUUUUGCAAGUCACCCACUAUCUGUAUAUUGUUUUACAGCAGUUUUGCAUAAUCCCAUCCAUAGUACCGUAACAAUUGGUGGGGCCAAUCCCCCCUGUUGGUGCCUUGCAGAUACCCUGGAAAAUCUACUUUGGAACGACAUUCAGUCAUUAAGCUGAAGAUAGCUAUUAUAGUGCUCAUUUUACAUUUUAUAGUAUUCUAUAAUAUUAUAUAAUAUUCUAUUAUUCUAUAUUCUAUAUUGCAGUCUAGAAAGUUAGUGUGAAGGCAUGCUUUGAAUAGAUGAAGGUGACACGAAUUCGUUAAUGCUAUUAGUGCACAACUUCUGUAGUUUUCCUAAUGACGAACAAAAAAGCGGCGUAUGAUGUAAGGAAGUAAGAGAGACCGAAGUGUAUAUAGGGUGCUGUGUGUGGAAAGCAGGUACUGUACCUAUAGUAGAGCAGAAUGUCAGGAAGCCACUGCAUGAUUAGGGACCAGUCAUGCCGGGUGGAGCUGGAGCAUCGAGAUCGCGUGGCGGUGCGGGGAACCAAAUAUUUAAGGCAAUCA